AUGGCACCAUAUGAAAGUCAUAGUAGUCAUGAUCAUGAUGAGCAUCCAACUCCGACAGAUUUUUUGAAAUUAAAUGUCAAUAUUCAUUACUUGGCUAACUCAAAUCACAUAGGCUAUGAAUCCUUCAAUCUUCCAACCAUAAUGUUCAAGAAAUUCUUCAGCCAAGAGGGUCAACAUUACCUAAGGAAACACUUAUCCAAGGAUCCCUUAUUAACCUUGGAUGUACUUGAACCAUUAAUAAUUAAAUUCAUAAGUUUGGUUCAACAAGCAUAUAAUAUUGAUUAUUAUUAUGAUAUUAUUGUUGACCAUGAUGAUGAAUUAGUUGAAACACAACCCAAUGUGUUCCAUUUGUGCUUGAAUACGAAGAUAUGUGAAGAUGAUAUUGGUGAUGAUGAUGAACUAGAUAUGGAAUUUGAAGAAGACAUCAAGGUAGAAGAAUAUGGAAUUUGUAGUAUAUGCAUGGAUGAGUUUGAUCAUAUUAUUGGCACAUCAGACAUAAUUAACAUGCCUUGUAAUCAUGUGUUUCACCAACAAUGUAUUGUGGAGUGGUUACAAACUAGUCGUACAUGUCCCUUGUGUCGAUAUCCAAUGCCUACUACUCUAAAUAGUUGA